AUGGAGGAGAGAGGAGUUCAGAUGGAUAAAAUAUCUUGUUCCAUCUGUUUGGAUUUACUGAAGGAUCCAGUGACUAUUCCCUGUGGACACAGCUACUGUAUGAACUGUAUUAAUGACCACUGGGAUGGAGAAGAUCAGAGGAGAAACUACAGCUGCCCUCAGUGCCAAAAAGAGUUCACACCAAGACCUGUCCUGGAGAAGAACAUCACUUUAGAUGUUUUGGUGGAGGAUCUGAAGAAGACUGGACUCCAAGCUGCUCCAGCUGAUCACUGCUAUGCUGGACCUGAAGAUGUGGCCUGUGAUGUCUGCAAUGGGAGGAAGAGGAAAGCUGUCAAGUCCUGUUUAUCAUGUCCAGCUUCUUACUGUGAGGAUCAUCUACAACAUCACUAUGAUGCUCCACCAUUAAAAAGACACAAACUGGUGGAUCCUUCAAAGACUCUCCAGGACAACAUCUGCUCUCGUCAUGAUGAGGUGAUGAAGAUCUUCUGUCGUACUGAUCAGCAGUGUAUCUGUUAUCUCUGCACUAUGGAUGAACAUAAAGGCCAUGAAACAGUCCCAGCUGCAACAGAUGUGACUGAGAAGCAGAAGAAGCUCCAGGAGAGUCGACAACAAAUCCAUCAGAGAAUCCAGGACCAAGAGAAAGAUGUGAAGCUGCUUCAACAGGAGGUGGAAACCAUCAAUGUCUCUGCUGAUAAAGCAGUGGAGGACAGUGAGAAGAUCUUCACUGAGCUGAUCCGUCUCCUCCAGAAAAGAAGCUCUGAGGUGAAGCAGCAGAUCAGAUCCCAGCAGGAAACUGAAGUAAGUCGAGUCAAAGACGUUCAGGAGAAGCUGGAGCAGGAGAUCACUGAGCUGAAGAGGAAAGAUGCUGAGCUGGAGCAGCUCUCACACACAGAGGAUCACACCCAGUUUCUCCUCAACUACCCCUCACUGCCAGCACUCAGUGAGUCGACACACUCAUCCAGCAUCAACAUCCGUCCUCUGAGACACUUUGAGGACGUGACAGCAGCUGUGACAGAGCUCAGAGACAAACUACAGGACGUCCUGAGAGACUCAUGGACAAACAUUGAACUGAAGAUCACUGAGGUGGAUGCUCUGCUGCCUGGACUUAAGACCAGAGAUGGAUUCUUAAAAUAUUCACAAAAAAUCACUCUGGAUCCAAACACAGCACACAGAAAUGUGUUACUAUCUAAGAGAAACAGAAAAGUAACUAGAACAAACCAACAACAGUUUUAUCCUGAUCAUCCAGACAGAUUCACUGGAUGUAGUCAGGCCCUCAGUAGAGAGAGUCUGACUGGACGUUGUUACUGGGAGGUGAGCAGCAGGGUAGGAGAAAUAUAUGUAGCCGUUUCAUACAAGAACAUCAGCAAAACAGGAGGAUUUGGAUUCAAUGAUAAAUCUUGGUCAUUGCGCUGUGACACACAAGGUUACAUAUUUUGUCACAACAACAUUUUAACUCCAGUACCAGGUCCAGUUUCCUCCAGAAUAGGAGUGUACCUGGACCACAGAGCAGGUAUUCUGUCUUUCUACAGCGUCUCUGAAACCAUGACUCUCCUCCACAGAGUCCAGACCAGAUUCACUCAGCCUCUAUAUGCUGGGAUCUGUGUUUAUUAUGCUUCCUCUGCUGAGUUAAUUGAGCCGAAAUAG